UGGAACGAAACGUGAUAUGUCACAGUCAUAUGUCAAUCUGUCAUUAUGCAACUGUCAAACAAAAUUGUAAAGGUUAUGUUUGGAUAAGGUAAUAAUUAAAAUCCUAAGUCACUCGGCCGCAGUUUUCCGUCAUAACCAUGUAGAAAACUUUGCGGGAACAAAAUGUUAUAAAACAGUUCAUUCACAAAAUGUGGUCGCGCAGACGUUUAUUGUGACAUUCGAUCUAUUUUGGGACUGCAAUUAUUUAGGCCGAAUUGUGUCCAAAGGUUAAGGUUUUGGAUGUUAUUUAACAGUUUGAGCGGCUUUAGCUGACCCUCCCUCGGCUCGUGACGGUCUGACAUGGACGAACUUAAGCACAGAGCUGGUGAAAAACUUGAAGCACUGCAUGUGGCUGCCAAAUCAGCAGCAGACAAUGGCAAGUCCCGAGUUAAUGAUAUCAUUGAAACCACAUCGGAAACCACCAGAAAGAUACGUGAGGUAUUUAACGAGCUAUGGCACAACGAGCUGAUAGCGGAGGGCCGCGAUCGCGCCGCCGCCUGGACCAGGGAGGCGGUGCGCCGGAUCAAAGAGGGCGCGCCGCCGCUCUCGCCGGUGCUGCUGUAUGAGGAGCUACUGGCUCUGUGGCACGAUCGAGUAUGGCGCCGCAGCAUGAUGCUGUUCGCGUGCGGCGUGGUGGUGGGCGGCAGCGCGGGCGUGCUGCUGGGGCUGCGCGCGGCGCGGCGCGCGCCCGCCGGCCCGCACGCGCGCGCGCUGCACUCGCAGCCUGACCACUCUGUGCUCCUGGUGGAGGAUGCUGUCGCACCAGGAGCGGGCUACGGCGAGGUGUUGGUCCGCGUGCAGUCGUUCAGCGUGUGUACCAUCGACCGCGGCGCACUGCGGGGCCGCGCGCACUUACUGCGGACCCUACUCUACAGGGGACACGUCACUGUCGGCAGGGGGUUCGCUGGCGUGGUGCUGGACGUGGGGCAGGGGGUCACGGACCUGGAGAUGGGUGACGAGGUGUGGGGCUGCGUCAGCGAGUGGAACGGCGGCGCCGCCACCGAGCUGCUCACUAUACGCAGUACUCGCGUGAGCAAGCGUCCGCGUGGUAUGGCGGCGGACACAGCGGCCAGCCUGCCGUGGGCGGGCGGAACCGCUCUCAUCGCGCUCAGGCAACUCUCCUACACGCCUGAGAACUGCAAGGGGAAGCGGGUGGCAGUGUGCGGCGCAGCUAGCGGCGAGGGCUGCGCGCUGGUGCAGCUGCUGAGCGGCUGGGGCGCGCACGUGUCCGCGCUGGCGCCGCGCCACGCCGCGCUCACGCUCAAGGACCUCGGCGCGCAGGACUUCGUGGACAUCGAGGGCAGCCGCGAGCUGGCGUGGAGCCGGCUGGAGGCGCGGGCGACGCGCGCGGGCCCGUGGGACGCCGUGCUGGCCUGCGCCGCGCCCGAGCUGCCGCCGCCGGACCUCGCUAACGUGUCGGGGCUGCUCAAGGCAACAGCAUCCCGCAAGAGUCUAGUGGACCUGCGCGCAGGUACCAUGAUCACGGACCGCCUGCCAACACCUUUCGCGAUCAUAUUCGCGACCACCUUCUACACGUUCAGAGUUAUUAGGUGGUUGGUGGGUUGCGGCACUCACACGGACUGGUUGGAGGACGACUACAGGCUGCGGGAGGGGCUGGACACGCUCGCCAAGCUGGUCGACCGCGGCGCGCUCGCUCCCAUACUAGAUAAGGUUUAUCUCCCACAAGAGUUCGAGAGCGCGCUCGCCCACGCGUGCAGCGAUGACGCGGUCGGGACCACGGUCAUCCGCUUCCCUUAGUAUUAACUCACAUCUCACGCGUAUAUGCUGCCCUGGUACCUACAAGCCAAAGCAAUUGGAAACUAAAAUAUGUUGAUAGAAAUAAUCUCUUACGUAAUGGUCGGCCUUUUACAUGCAUUUUUGAAAAGAUUUUACAUUUACAUGAAUAGUUUUUGCGGAAACAGAACUAUCGCUUCUAACGAAAGAUCACCAACAUAAUAAUUAAAAAAUCUAAGACAAUAAUAACUAUAGAAUUAUUUAUUUACUAAAAAAGGCUUAUUAAUAUUAAAAUGUCAAUUAACAAAAAGGUUAACCAUAGAACGAGAUUUUCUACAGAAAUUGGCGACGCAUUUAAAUGUAUAUUUCUCAAAAAGUACUUAAAAAGAAGUUUAGUGUAAACAGAAGCAAACAAACAACCCUGUUGACAUUAUACUUAUAGUAGUGGCAAUUUUCCUUUGAGAAAGUUGGUCAUUUCUAUGGAUGGAGCAUUUAACUGGUUCGUACACUAAGGCCUGCCUCAUUAUUGGAGUGUAGCGAUGCCAUUUUUUGUCGUUUUUACGACAUUCUGGUAAAAUUGGAAAGGUACAUUAAAUGUCCAGGCAUUUUCUUAUACGUUGUAAGGAAACGUAUUUAUUAUUUACAAUUUUACAGAGUUAAAUAUUGACAAGUUAAAAAACAAAAAAAUAUUAAAUUAAAGCAUCAAAAAAUAAACGUUGUAUAAUUAUUUCAUAACGAAAGUUCUGUUUCCACAUCUUUCUAAAGUAUUUAAAGUACAAUAAUUAAGAUUUAUACACAAAUUUAUUUGAAGGCCAUUUUGUAAGAGAUUUGAUACCAGGCGCAUAGUAAACUAUAGGUAACAUAUUUAAACCUAAAUGAAUAUACCUAAAUAAUGUUCCUAUGGAAUGUUGUUCCUAAUAUAAAUUAUAUCGGGAGAGUUUCUAAACGUUUUCGCAAAAUAUUUUCAAAAUAAUGGCAACAUUGGAGAUCGUGUUACCAGUUGUAAAAAUGGCCAUAACUAUUCGUAAGUCCAUAUCAUUUGAUUAUAGCGAUAUAUUGAUGUGCUUAUUUUAGUGGACUACGGGAAAUAAUCGUAAAGAGCAUUAUUUUUUAUAUAACCUUUCUUUUCUGAAUUUAAAUUGAUCAAGGAAUUGAGUUACAGGAAUAAUGCAAAAUAUAUUAUUUAGUAGAAUUUAUAAACGCGAUUAUCUUACAAUAUUUUUUUAAUAUAUUUAUUACCUUAACACCAAUCUCGAAAAACCACCGCCAGUCACAAAAUACUGUAGAAAAUUCUAGAAAUGUAGUCAGAUCUGUAAAUAUGUAAAUAUAUCUAAAUCACUAGGUGCUCAAUGUACAUAGAUUAAACAUUUGUAUAAAAAAAAUUACUGAGGACGGUUAUGUAUACAAUUGUAUUCUACAUUUAAUUAACUUAUACAGGAUUUGAUAUUUAUUUUAAUUUGAUAACGCAAUUUCAUUUGCAAUAUUUACAAAGUAUAGAAAAUAAUCGAUUGUACCAGAACCUGUUUGAAAAGAUUUGUUUGAAAUUUUUGGGUAUUUAAAAUCUCACUGAAAAGAGAAAUAUUUCAUCAAAUGCAACUUAUCAAGAAAACAAGAAUACAGCUCAUAGCUAACAAAUUUUAACUCCAUAGCUUUCUAUAAUAAAACUACAAGAUACCGUCCGGCAGACCAUUGCUGCUAAAACCACGUUACGCGAUUUUCAACCUUAUGUAAAACAGUAUAAGUACCACAUAUGUAAUAUUCAUUUCUGUGCCAUUAACAAACCCGAAUCUAGCUUUAAAUUUUUAUUUAUCUGGCGCUGCUGUGUAUCCAGUUCUUUAGCAGCCAGUGUUACAUAUUAUUUCUAAACUAAGUACAGAUUAUCCAAUGCAAUUAACGAUUGAAAAUCGAUCCAAAGAGGUUUAGGGCACUUACACACUAUUGUUUCUUUCCACAACGCUGCGAUAGAGAUUGAACCCCCGUUGAACGAUACAGAUACGCAAGUGUGAAACUGCCGAACUAAAUAUUAACAAAAUAUUUUGAACUAUCAACAGAUUCUGACCUCAAUAACACGUCCAAAGGUAGAUAGGAACUAACUUAUAUAAUUAAAUUUAAAUGUAGAUAGGUAAAUGUUAUUUAAAAUAUAAUUGUUGUUUUUAUAAA